AACGGGUCGAAUUUCGAACUCGAACCCGAACACCCUGAGCCGAAUUGGAGCUUUGGUGUUCCGGCUCCUCAGGCUCUUUAACAGCCCUAUUCAGGACUCGCAGCUGGGUAGAUAAUUUCCGAUCACUUACAAAUUGCUGUAACACAAACGCUGCCAGAGAAAGAACUCAACUAACCAAAUGGCCGAGUCGGCUUCCUCUUCAUUAUCGGCCCCGGCGGCUGUGACGAUGUCUUACUGGUCAGCAAUGCUUUCGGGAAAAUCUGACGUAGAGAAAGAGGAAAUGCUUGACCGGAUGCUGACUAGGCUUGCGCUCUGCGAUGACUCGAAGCUGCAAGACUUGCUCUUCAAGCUUCUACCUCUCUCCAUUGCAUCGCUUUCCUCCCCAUCACCUCCAAUUAGAAACAAAGUAAUCGAGAUCUUAAGCCAUGUAAACAAGAGAGUGAAACACCAACCAUAUAUCGGGUUGCCAUUAUCUGAGUUAUGGCAGUUGUAUAUAGAAUCCAGUGCCUUUUCAAUGGUCAGGAACUUCUGUAUUGUGUAUUUUGAGAUGUCAAUAGAACGUGCGCCGAAAGAGGACAAGGAACACAUGGCACUUACUCUUUUAGCUAGCAUUUCAAAAGUCACUGCUCAGCAUCAGGAGAUACUAUUGAGAAUCAUUAUAAAGGUAAUUGGUGAGUUCCAUUCAGCACAUCUCAGUGAUGAAUUAGUUGCAGAGUAUAGAAAACUUGGUAGGUUGCAAAACAAUGAGAUUUUUCUUGAGUUUUGCCUUCACAUGAUUUUAUAUCAACCAACACCCCAGAGUGGGGCUUGUCCAGCUGGGUUAUCACUUACUCAAAGCAACCGUGUCACUGGGAAACAACAAUUGACAAGUGAUGCACUGUGUCUUAGAAAGUUAGGAAUUCUGAAUGUCAUUGAAGCCAUGGAAAUUGCUACUGAACUCGUUUAUCCCCUUCACAUUGCUGCCUGUGCUGAUAGUCAAGAGUUAGUCGUAAAGAAAGGGGAAGAGCUUUUGAAGAAGAAAGCAUCUGUUGUGAACUUGGAAGAUCCGAACCUGAUAAAAAAACUAUUUUUUCUAUUUAACGGUACUACAGGUUCUGACCAAAUUCCUCCAGAGUCUAGAGUUACCCCUGCAAAUAUAUCUUUGAGAGUGAGGCUGAUGUCUGUUUUCUGCCGAUCAGUUUCUGCAGCAAAUAGUUUCCCAUCAACAUUGCAGUGCAUUUUUGGAUGCAUAUAUGGGAACAAUACCACCUCAAGGCUGAAGCAGUUGGGUAUGGAGUUUACUGUAUGGGUCUUCAAGCAUGCAGGGAUGGACCAAUUGAAGCUUAUGGGCCCUGUUAUCUUGACAGGGAUUCUUAAAUCUCUUGAUGGCUACUCAACAUCAGAAUCAGAUGCUGUUUCCAGGGACACGAAAGCUUUUGCUUUUCAAGCAGUUGGAUUGAUUGCACAAAGAAUGCCUCAACUCUUUAGAGAUAAAAUUGAUAUUGCUGUCCGGCUUUUUGAUGCGCUGCAAUCUGAGGCUCAGUUUCUCCGUUUAACUAUUCAAGAAGCAACCAAUUCUCUUGCUGUUGCUUACAAGGGUGCACAACCAGGUGUGUUAAGGACUUUGGAGUCACUCUUGUUGAAAAGUUCGAAAGUGGAACAAAGUGAAGUGCGUUUUUGUGCAAUAAGAUGGGCAACAUUUUUGUUUGACAUGCAACAUUGUCCUAGCAGGUUUAUUUGCAUGCUUGGAGCGGCAGAUCCAAAGUUGGAUAUAAGGGAAAUUGCUUUGGAAGGCUUAUGUCUUAGCGAAAAUCAAAGGAAAGCUGUUAGCCAGAAUAGCAAUUUGCUGUACCCCAAGCUUUCUGACAUGCUAGGCUAUAUAAUUGAACAGCACCCAGCAGUUCUGAGUUCCAUCAGUGAUGGGGGGGCGAUGCUUAUCUUUCCUUCUAAAACAUACAUUGCCAUGAUCAAGUUUUUGUUGAAGUGCUUUGAGGUGGAUGCACAACCGAAUGUUUUGCUAGAAGAUUCUGAAUUUCUUUCUUCUGUGGACAAAUUUUGCCUGCUCCUAGAACAUGCAAUGGCAUAUGAAGGCUCUGUUCAGCUGCAUGCUAUUGCCUCCAAUGCAUUAAUAACGAUUGCAUCACACAUACCCCAAUUGAUAGCAUCACGCUAUGUCAAUAAAGUGUCUUGGCUGAAGCAAUAUUUGGGUCAUAUUGACUAUGGGACGCGUGAAUCUAUAUCACGCUUACUUGGAAUUGCUUCUUGUGAGCUUCCUAUCGACACUUUAUCUAGCCUUAUUCAAGAACUGAUCUCCUCUGUUAGUGCGGCACCUAAGAAAAGGUUUGAGGUGGAGCAUGGACUUCUUUGUGCUCUAGGAUAUAUAACUGCAAAUUUCAUGUCAAGAACAGCUUGUAUUCCACCAUCAUUGCUUGAAAGUGUGCUUAAAUGUCUUACUGAUGUUGUUAACUUGGAGACUCCUUCAUUGGCUUCUGUUGCGAUGGAAGCACUGGGUCAUGUUGGACUUUCUGCUCCACUGCCUCCUUUGUUUCAUGACUCCACUCCAGCUUCCUUACUGACCAUUUUGAAUGAAAAAUUGACCAAACUUCUUACAAGUGAUGAUAUAAAAGCUGUUCAAAGAAUUGUCAUAUCAUUGGGGCACUUGUCUUUUAAGGAGAGUUCAUCGACACACUUAAAUAAUGCACUGGAUCUGAUUUUUAGCCUUUGCCACUCAAAGGUAGAAGAUAUCCUGUUUGCUGCUGGUGAGGCUCUUGCAUUUCUAUGGGGUGGUGUUCCUGUGACUGCUGAUACUAUUCUUAAAACAAACUAUACCUCUCUUUCCAUGAGCUCAAACUUUUUGAUGGGAAAUGUAUCUCCCUCACUGCUGAGCUCUAGCAGUAUGGACUUUGACAGAAGUGAUGAUGGCCGUGACAUUACUAGAGAUGCAAUAUCUAGAAAGCUUUUUGAUGCUCUAUUAUACAGUAGCCGAAAGGAUGAGCGUUGUGCUGGAACUGUAUGGCUUCUGUCACUUACAAUAUAUUGCGGUCACCAUCCAACUAUCCAGAAAUUGCUUCCAGACAUCCAGGAGGCAUUUUCACACCUUCUAGCUGAGCAAAAUGAGCUCACACAGGAGCUCGCAUCUCAAGGUCUUAGUAUUGUGUAUGAAAUUGGUGAUGCUUCUAUGAAGAAAAACUUAGUUGAUGCUCUUGUUGGUACCCUAACUGGCUCCGGAAAGAGGAAAAGAGCAGUUAAGCUCAGCGAAGAUUCUGAAGUGUUUCAAGAGGGGUUGAUUGGUGAAAGUCCUACUGGCGGGAAGCUGAGUACAUAUAAGGAACUCUGUAAUUUGGCAAAUGAGAUGGGGAAGCCUGAUUUGAUCUAUAAAUUCAUGGACUUAGCUAAUUACCAAUCUUCUUUGAAUUCUAAAAGAGGUGCUGCUUUUGGGUUUUCAAAGAUAGCUAAAUAUGCAGGGGAUGCUUUACAACCGUACUUGCGCACAUUGAUUCCAAGACUUCUUCGUUACCAAUAUGAUCCGGAUAAAAAUGUGCAGGAUGCAAUGACACACAUCUGGCGGUCACUGGUUGCAGAUUCAAAGAGCACUAUUGAUGAAUAUCUUGACCUCAUUAUUGAAGAUCUUUUGGUUCAAAGUGGAUCUAGACUUUGGCGCUCACGAGAGGCUUCUUGUCUUGCACUCUCAGAUAUAAUACAAGGGAGAAAAUUUGAUCAGGUUGAAAAACAUUUAAAAAGAAUAUGGAGUACUGCUUUUCGUGCCAUGGAUGACAUCAAGGAGUCAGUACGGAAUGCUGGGGAAAGAUUAUGCCGUACUGUCACUUCAUUAACACAGAGGCUAUGCGAUGUCUCUCUCACGGAAACCUCAAAUGCAAAACUAGCAAUGGAUAUUGUGUUACCGUUCUUGAUUACAGAUGGUAUAAUGAGCAAAGUUGAAAAUAUCCGCAAGGCCUCCAUUGGAGUUAUUACAAAGCUUGCUAAGAGUGCUGGUAUUUCACUUCGUCCACAUUUGCCUGACCUGGUUUGUUGCAUGCUCGAAAGUUUAUCAAGUCUGGAAGACCAAGGGCUGAACUAUGUUGAGUUACACGCUGCAAAUGCUGGAAUCCAAACAGAGAAACUUGAAAGCUUACGCAUAUCAAUGGCAAAAAGUUCUCCAAUGUGGGAAACACUUGAGCGUUGUAUAGAUAUUAUUGAUUCUCAUUCAUUGGAGUUACUGAUUCCUCGUGUUGCUCAAUUGGUUCGUGUAGGCGUUGGCUUAAACACACGGGUUGGUGUAGGUAACUUCUUAAGUUCAUUGGUUGAAAAAGUUGGUACUGAUAUCAAGCCAUUUAUUUCCAUGUUACUGAAGCUGCUAUUACAAGUGGUUCAUGAUGAAAAAAGUGCUAUUGCAAAACGUGCAUAUGCAAAUGCUUGUGCAAAAGUUCUGAAAUAUUCAUCUCCUACUCCGGCUCAGAAGUUAAUUGAGGAUACUGCCUCUAUGCAAAAUGGUGAAAGAAACGCUCAGAUUUCAUGUGCCAUUCUUUUGAAAAGCUACUCAUCCAAUGCUCCUGAUAUUUUGAGUAGAUAUAGUGCCAUAACUGUGCCUGUUAUUUUCAUCUCGAGAUUUGAGGAUGAUAAGAUAGUUUCCGAUUUAUAUGAAGAAAUGUGGGAAGAGAAUAUGAAUAGUGAGCGGAUAACACUGCAGCUCUACUUGAGUGAAAUUGUUAAUCUCAUCAAUGAAGGCCUCAUGUCAUCUUCAUGGUCAAGUAAACGCAAGGCAGCCCAUGCAAUAAAAAAGCUCUGUGAAGUCCUUGGUGAUUCAGUGUCUUCACAUCAUCAUAUGUUGCUCACACCUUUAAUGAAGGAAAUUCCUGGCCGUUUAUGGGAAGGAAAAGAGGCCUUACUGUAUGCAUUAUCUUCGCUUUGUAAAUCAUGCCAUGAAGCAAUUUCUGCUGCCAAUACCGAGUCCCCAAAUGCCAUUUUGGAUCUAAUGUCUUCUGCCUGCACUAAAAAAACACGCAAGUAUUGUGAAGCUGCCUUUGACUGUCUUGAGCAGAUUAUUAAGGCCUUCAAUAAUCCGGACUUCUUCAGCAAAGUUUUCCCAUUGUUGUCUGAAAUGUGCUGCUCCACUUCAACUGGUGAUGCUAAAGCAGAGGACGAGGAAAACUUGUCUGCUGGAAGUGAUAAAAUAGUGAACUGCAUUACUGCUGCCAUACAUGUAGCACGUUUGGAUGACAUCAUCGAACAUCAGAAGAACUUGUUCAAUGUUUUUUUAGUUUCACUCUCAGCUAGUGUUCCAUGGAUAGUUAAAAUAACAGUUUUCUCAUCAAUUAAAGAGCUUUGUUCAAGGAUCCAUGUUGUGAUUGACGACACUAAAGAUUCUCCUCCAAAAAACAUUAAUUCUUUGGUUCGAGAGCUCUUCAUGGAGACGUCUUCCAAAGUGCUUGAAUGUAUACGUACUAUAAAAAUAGCACAGGUGCAUAUAGCUGCGGCAGAGUGUCUUGUGGAAAUAACAGAUCUGCUGGUAGCUUCUGCUGCUCCAGUGAUGGGGCUGUGUGAAACCAGAUUUGGCCCCGAGCUUUUGCAAGUGACUGAAAUCGAAAAAAAUGAGUUGGCCAAGUCUUCUUUGAAGAAGUGUAUCGAUACCCUUAAAACUCUCCAAGAAAAGCAAAUGAUAAUUGGCUAAAGGCUUUAUUUGUUUUCGCAGCCAGACGGAUCAUCACAAAUCACUCUAAAUGCCGACAUGGAAACCACAACAUAUGUUUGAGGAGGUUGAUUAAAUGAUUUUCUUUAGUUUUUUAACUUUUAUAGUGGUAUAGAUGCCUUAUAUAACAAAUUAUCAUUUCAAACUCGUGCAAAUUGUGGUAUAACAUCUUUAAAUAGUGUUGAAAUAGAAACUGAAAUGAUAUUAAAAUGGAGAGAAGGAUUUUCUGUGUAUUUCAUUAGAGGGUUAAGGCCCUAUAUAUAUAUAUAUUACAAAGAUGGAAUAUUC